AUGGCGUCAGUAAUUGCACUAUACUCCGUUCCGUAUGACUCGGAUGCUGAGUCUACCGAGCAGUACGGGAAGAGUUAUGCGCAAAUGCUUUCCGAAGACUUCAAUGAAGAUGGAUUCGACGACCCUAAUCUGCUCAAAUGCCUGGGCAAAGGACCUUCUGGGGAGGCUGUGAUACUUGUCGUUCCAUCCGUUUCCGCCCGUGUACGAAACAAUCACGAAGAUGCAUUGCGGCUGAUGGUUAAGAAGCUGAACCGCUUCUGCAGCUCCAAGUAUUCCCUCCUGGUCUGUCAGACAUGCACAACAUGGUCUGAUUACAAUUCUUACAAUUUCGUCAACCAGUGGUAUGACAUGCUCCCCAAGGGAUCGAAGAAGAAUCUGGAGAAGGUUUACAUGGUUCACUCCGCGUACACCACCAAGACCAUGCUUACAUGCAUGACACCGUUUGCCAAGGCUCGCGUGUGGGAGAAGAUUGAGUUCGUUGACAAGCUGGGCGACCUGCUGAAGCGCCUGAGACUUGACACGAAGAACAUGCUGAGGAACUUCCCAUACGCCGUUCAGCGCGCAGAAGAAAUUGCGCUUGGUAUUGAAACGCCGCUAUCGGUGUUUGGAACUGAGAUGUGGAUUUUGGCGUUGCGCGUGGGCUGCCCGUUCAAGGGCUUCCCGCUGAUUCCGCCGGCAGUGGCGCACGUAUUGACAAAGAUAGAAUCGCCGGAAGUUAUUGACACACCAAACCUUUUGAACCUGCAAUGCGGCCCCGAAGUUCUGUACGCUGCGGUCGGAGCGUAUGAGCUUUUGGGUGAGGGGUGCACCGUCGACUCCCCUGAAACCGCAGUGGCGCUAUUCAAGCUCUUGGUAGACACCCACGUCGGCGGUUUAAUUGGACCAAAGGCCUACAUUACGCUAAAGAAUGCUUUGCUACAGGGCAGCUCGAAUGAAGAGCUGGUUCAGAUGAUGGCCAAGGUCACCAACGAAUUCCAGCCUGUUCAAAAGGAUUGCAUUUUCUGCAUUAUAAAAACCCUACGGGCUAUUGCACGCCGUGCGUCGCGUAACGGUAUGACCGUUAAAGCGGUUUCUAAAAUAAUGGCUGGUUCUUUCUUCCGACCGCUGUCACCGGAUCCUUAUUGUUUCAAAGCCAUCCAGUCUAGCGAGAUGGUUUUGGGGACGAUGAUUGAAAAGCCUGAUAUGUUUUUCAAACGCGAGAAGGAGCCUCAUGAGCGCGAAGAAGGCCGGACAAAGACGGUUAAGCACAGUAGUCAUACGAAAUCAUCAUCGUCGUCGUCCGCUGCUGGUCCCCGUCUUUCGAAGUCGCCUUCCAUGCGCGCUCGAGAGGAGCUUCAGCGCAUCGCACAGCGAAAGGAAGCCGCACGCGGCUCAGCGUCCCCGCAUUCAGUGGAACGGACGCCAACAGCAGCACCCGCGAUGGACGAGGAAGAGUCGGAGCAGAUCACCGAGAUUGAGGAAUGA